AUGAGUUUAUGCCCAGAAUGCAUCAAAGUCGUUAGACACGAGGGUACUCCGGAAGGGAAAAUCGAAAAGAUCGGCGGUGUUGAUACGUAUGUUGCAACUCCUGCAGCCGACUAUCCCAAGGACAAGGCCAUUUUAUUUCUGGCAGAUGCAAUGGGCCAUCACCCUAACUCGUUUCUUCUUGCCGACGAUUUUGCUAGGAAUGGAUUCAAAACUUACAUUCCUGAAUACUUGAACGGCGACCCGGUUCCUCCUGAUGCUUUCACCGCUGAUGGACCACCUUUCGAUAUUCAGGCUUGGGUUUCGAGACACCCGCAGAGUGUAACUCGCCCUACACUAGACAAAUUCCUUGAUGGACUAAAAGAACAGGGCGUUACCAUCUACGGUGCUACUGGAUAUUGUUUCGGAGGGCGUUAUGUCUUCGACCUCGCCUUCGAAAAUAUUAUCAAAGUUGGAGUCGUUUCGCACCCAUCCUUACUCCAUUGCCCCGCUGAUCUUGAGAAAUAUUUCUCAACUUCAAAGGCGCCACUUCUGAUAAAUUCUUGCCCUGUCGACUCUCAGUUCCCAAUUGAGGCUCAGAAGAAAGCGGACGAACUGUUUGGAGAUGGGAAGUUUGCUCCUGGAUAUCGAAGGGAGUUCUUCGAGGGCUGCGUCCAUGGAUUUGCUGUCCGCGGCGACAUGUCAGACCCUAACGUGAAAGCAGGAAAGGAAGGAGCGUUUAAGGCGGCUGUUGAGUGGUUCAUUAAACACUUGUAA